AUGAGCAAAGAAAGUUAUGAAAAAUUUAAAAUGAUAGCAGUAAUUAUUCCUUUCUUCAUUGCUCUAAAUAAUAUCAAGCAUAUUGAAGGUACUAUUUUACAAGUACCUUCGCACCAAAGAAUUGACUGUUCGCCAAAACCUGGAGCUAACAAAGCUGACUGUUUAUCUCAUGGUUGCAUUUGGGAUGAUAAAGAAUAUGCCGAUCAGUCAGUUCCUCUCUGUUAUUUUCCAGCAGAAACAGGAUAUACAGUUGUUGAAAAAUUGCAAACAUCAUUAAAAUUAAAUAAAGCAAAAAGUGGAGCGCAAAAUCCUUAUGGUGAAAACCUACCAGAACUCACAGUAGAAAUAAAAAAUUCUUAUUCAGUUAUUAAUAUUCGUAUUGGCGUGCAAGGAAGAUAUGAGCCUACAAUAUUUUUACCAAGAACUUGUAGUGAUACUAAACAACAUCUAUUAAUUGAAACAACAAAUGAAUCAGAAAUUUUUGCAUUUCGCAUUCGUCGAAAAACUAGUGGAGAACUAAUUUGGGAUACUUCUAUUGGUGGUUUAUUGUUCUCGGAUCAGUAUAUUCAAAUUGCAACACUUUUACCAAGUGACAAAAUUUAUGGUUUUGGUGAAAACGUUCAUCUUAGUUUAAAACACAAAUUUGCUAAUUAUACAACUUGGCCAAUGUUUGCAAGAGAUCAAGCACCUGAUCCAGAAAACCCGCAACGUAAUUUGUAUGGAGUACAUCCAUUUUAUCUUGGCUUAGAGAAAGAUAACAAUGCACAUGGUGUACUUAUUUGGAAUAGCAAUCCACAAGAAGUAACAACAGGACCUGGCCCACACUUAGUAUAUCGGACUAUUGGUGGAAUACUUGAUAUAACUUUUUUUCCUGGACCGAAAGCAGAACAAGUUAUUCAGCAGUAUCAUGAAUAUAUUGGUCGACCAUUUCUUCCAGCCUACUUCGCUCUUGGAUUUCAAUUUUGCCGUUAUGGCUACCGAAAUCUCUCCGAAAUGAAAGAUGCAAUUGGAAGAAUUCAAAAAGCUGGUAUACCAAUAGAUGUUGCGUAUGCAGAUAUCGACUACAUGGAAAGAUACAAAGAUUUCACUAUUGGAAAAGAAUACUGGUCAGAUUUGAAAGAAUAUUCGGAAGAAUUACACAAAAAGGGAAUGCAUUUGAUCUUAAUUUUCGAUCCCGCUGUACAGGUCAAUUACCCAACUUUUCAAAGGGCAAUUGAAAAAAAUGCAAGCUUCAUUGAAUGGGAAAGCUAUGAUGAAGUACCGCAAGAAAUCCAAGACAAAUACCCUUUAGCAAAACAGACAAAGAUCAUGCUUUCAGUUGUGUGGCCAGACUGGCAUGUUGCUUUUCCUGAUUUUCUUGAUCCAAAACCUAUGACAGCAGAAUGGUGGAUCGAUGAGUUUAAAAAUUUUCAUAAAAUGGUGCCAUUUGAUGGUAUUUGGAUUGAUAUGAAUGAACCAGCUGCUUUUGGUACAAAUGAAUAUCAUCCAUUUUACUUUGAUGAUCCAGAAAGGCCAGUGAGGAUAGCACCACUUCAAUGCGCUUUUAAUGGAGCUAAAUCAAAAUAUGAUAAUCCAUUGUACGAAACCUGGAAUACUUAUGCUUAUAAUUUUGCUGAAUCUCAUUUAUCAAAUAAAACUAUAUGUAUGUCUGGUUUAACAAACAGAGGAUCCCAAAGAGUUUAUGAUACAAAAAAUUUAUAUGGAUUAGCAGAAAUGAUAUUAACUCAGAAGGCACAACAUGCAGCAACUGGUAAAAGAGGAGCAAUUAUUUCAAGAUCGACAUUUGUCUCAUCUGGUCAUUACGGUGGUCAUUGGCUUGGUGAUAAUAGUGCCCGCUGGAUAGACUUGAAAGCUUCCAUUAUUGGUAUCCAGGAAUUUAAUUUAUUCGGUAUACCUUAUGUUGGAGCGGAUAUAUGUGGAUUCAAUGGAAAGGCAUCUGAAGAACUCUGUUUACGAUGGCAACAACUAGGAGCAUUUUAUCCCUUUUCAAGAAAUCACAAUGAAAGGAAUGAACCAGAUCAAGAUCCAUCUCAAUGGCCCGAUGUUGCAAAAGCAGCUAAGCAGGCCAAUUUUUUCCGAUACUAUUAUCUUCCAUAUCUCUACAGCUUACUUUUUGAUGUUGCUCUACAUGGUGGUACUGUUAUAAGACCGGUUUUUUUUGAAUUUACUUCUGAUUCUCAAACUCAUGAUCUUGGAGAGCAAUUCAUGUGGGGAAGUGCCAUGAUGAUUAUUCCAGUUUAUCAACAGCACGCCACAUCCGUCUCAGGAUACUUACCUUUCACAACAACAUGGUACUCUUUACGAGAAUCAGACUAUGGUACUUUGGCAAAACCUGGACGUAGUAUAUUUAGUGCAAAAAAAAAUGAACUUAUACCCGUUUUUGUAAGAGGAGGUGCUAUAGUAGUGAGACAGAAACCAAAUACAACUACUACUGCUUCAAGAAAUAAUCCAUUAGAACUACUCAUCACAGUUGAUUCGGACAAGUCAACUGGUCAGUUAUAUUGGGAUGACGGUGAAAGUAUUGUGCAAAAUUUUAGCACAUACAAUUAUUUUCAUUGGUUUUUUGAAUUCGUGAUCAGUGCUGAUAAAGCUACUUUGUAUAUUACUCAAAAACAUACUGCAAAAGAUCUCGUGGUACCACCAAUUGACGUUAUUGAUGUUAUUGGUUAUCAUUAUCAUCCUCAACUCAAUGAAGUAUCGCUUAAUCAAAAACGAAUCAAGGUCAACUCUCAUAGAUCUUAUUACGACAGCUUGAAAAACCAGCUACUAAUUGUGAAAACAGGCUUAGUGAAUCUGGAGAUUAAAAAGAAACAAAAAGUAUCAUGGCGUCACCAGAAGAUAUUUUGUGACAGUAAUAACUGUUGA